GCAUCACCUUUAUCAUGUGACCAAAAUACCUAUGGACCCCAAGUUUAGUGCCCAAGACAUUCUUCUUUGUGAUCUGUGUCGAGAAGGUGCAUUACAGAGUUAUUGUGAACUUUGUCUUGUAAAUAUUUGCAUUAACUGUGUUGGAAAACAUCUCUCAGAUUCAUCAAAAAGACAUAAUGUUGUUCCAUAUAGACAAAAGCCUUCUGCCCCUAACUAUCCAAAGUGUCCAAACCAUACACAAAAACAUUGUGAACUUUACUGUGAGAGAUGUGUCCUUUAUGUGUGUUCGAUUUGUCUUUCGUCAGGUAAUCACAAAGGACAUGAUUUAUCAGAUGCCCUACAAAAACUUAAGUUUAAACUUAAAGAUUUACAAAAAGACUUGAAAGAACUAGAGAAAAGGAUUUAUCCAACAUAUGAAGAAAUUGCAUCAGGUUUAAACCAUGAAAAAGAAAAGAUUGAGAAACAUUAUGAGGAACUUAAAACAGCUGUCACCAAACAAGGAGAUGAAUUGCACAGAGAAAUUAACGUGAUUGAACACAAUUUAAAAUCUGAAAUUAAUGAGAUGAAAAUAAAACACCUGGCUAUUCUAAAUGAACAGGAAAAUCAAUUUCAAAUGAUAAAUUCUGAUGUAAAACAGAGUAUUACUGAUCUGAAGAAAUUAUUAGAUUCCGAUAAUAUUUCCAUAUCAUCUGAAUACAAAUCAAGAAAUGCUGAAUUCAGAAGUUUACCUCCGAAAAUAAAAGUUUCAACAUCAAGUUUCUCACCUCAUCAGAUCAACACAGAACAGCUCCAUCAAAUGUUUGGUUCUCUGUCAGCACUGUCCAUUACAACAGAAAAACAAGGCUACACAAUGGAGAUACCUGAAAAUGUAUCCUGUUCUCAAGUCAAGUUACUCAUUGAUGAACCUGAAAUCGUUAACACCGUAGACGUCGAAUAUGAUUAUCUUUACAAUGUUACCUGUCUCAAUGAUGAAGAAAUCUGGACAUGUGGGAAAGACAAAAACAUGAAUCUUUACAACCUCCAUAACAAACUUCUGAAGUCAAUUCAAACCAAAUCUGGGAAUCAUCCACGUGAUAUGGCUGUGACAAAGAGUGGAGAUUUAGUUUAUACUGACCCAGAUUCAAAAACUGUAAAUAAAGUGAAAAAUAAAAAAAUAAAGGAAGUGAUCAGGCUAGAAGGAUGGAUACCUUACUAUCUCUGCAGUACCUCCUGUGGUGACCUCCUGGUUACCAUGAACAGUGCUGAUGGAGAACAAUCAAAAAUUGUUCGUUACUCUGGCUCCACAGAGAAACAAUCCAUUCAGUUCGAUAGUAAAGGUAAACCGCUUUUUACAUCCGGUUACUACAAAUACGUAUGUGAAAACAGGAACCUGGAUAUUUGUGUGGCAGACUGGGGAGCCUGUUCAAUUGUAGUUGUUAACAGGACAGGGAAAUUCAGAUUUAAAUACACUGGUCAUCCGUCCUCUACUUUGAAGGAAUCCUUUUAUCCAUACAGCAUCGCCACAGACAGCCAAAGUCAGAUCCUGACAGCGGACUGUGCUGACCACUGUAUCCACAUCCUAGACCAGGAUGGAGAGUUCCUCCGUUACAUUGAUAACUGUGAUCUACAGUAUCCAUGGGAUUUAUGUGUAGACACCAGAGACAACCUUUUUGUUGCUGAAUGUUACCGUCAUAGAUUAAUAAAAAUCAAAUACAUGAAGGAUACACCAUAAUCAUAAUUCGGAUUUGUAAAGACCAUACUGUAUGCAUUAUUUGUUUAACAAACAGAACAGGCAAUAAUCUAUCGUACAUUCAUGAUUUAAAGUUGUAAAGACAUUUUGCAUUGUUUAUAUCAUUCGCCAAUAUUUGCAGCAAAAACUUCAGACUGACAAACCAAGAUGGACAACGCUGAUGUACAUAUUACAAAAAAAAAAGCAAACUAGAAAUAAAGUGUUCCAUUGAACGCAUGUGCCACCUGUUUUGUAGAUUUAAUAAAUAU